AUGCCGAUUGAGAUCGUGUGUAAAAUCAAAUUUGCUGAAGAGGAUGAGAAGCAGAAGGAGAAAGAAGAAGGGGACAAGGAGAGCCUGAUCGAGGAGCCUGCCCGGCCCCGCUCCCGGGAUCUGGCCACCUUCGCCAGCACCAGCACGCUGCACGGCUUGGGACAUAUCUGCCGGUCGGGACGGCUGGGCGUGCGCCAGACCCUCUGGGCAUUUGCCUUCCUGGCCUCGCUCGCCUUCUUCCUCUACCAGGCGGCCAAGUCAGCGCUGCUCUACCUGGAGCACCCCCACGUCAUGGCCCUGGACGAGGAGGCCAUCCGAGAGAUGGUCUUCCCCGCCAUCACCAUCUGCAACAUCAACCGCUACCGCCACUCGGCACUCACCGACGCCGACAUCUUCCACUUGGCCAACAUGACCGGACUGCCCCCCAAGGACCGGGAUGGUCACAAGGCCACGGACCUGCUCUACCCUGACCCUGACAUGGCUGACAUUGUCAACCGCACCGGCCACCAGCUCGACGACAUGCUCAAGAGCUGCAACUUCAGCGGCGAGAACUGCUCAUCCCGUGAUUUCACUGUGGUCUACACACGCUAUGGUAAGUGCUACACUUUCAAUGGGGAUCGGAGGAAUCCACGUGUGACCCGCCAAGGUGGCAUGGGCAACGGGCUGGAGAUCAUGCUGGACAUCCAGCAGGAAGAAUACCUGCCCAUCUGGAGAGAGACCAACGAGACAUCAUUUGAAGCUGGUAUCCGGGUCCAGAUCCACAGCCAGGACGAGCCACCCUAUAUCCAUCAGCUGGGCUUUGGUGUCUCACCCGGCUUCCAGACCUUUGUGUCCUGCCAGGAGCAGCGGCUCACCUACCUGCCACAGCCGUGGGGGAACUGCCGGGCCAGCAUGCAGGGAGAGCAGCUGCUGCCCGGCUAUGACACCUACAGCAUUGCUGCCUGCCGCCUCCAGUGUGAGAAGGAGGCCGUGGUGCAGAGCUGCCACUGCCGCAUGGUCCAUAUGCCAGGCAAUGAGUCCAUCUGCUCCCCUAAUGUGUACAUCGAGUGUGCUGACCACACUCUAGACGCAGCAGUGGAGGACAGCCAGGAGCGCUGCAGCUGCCCCACACCGUGCAACCUGACACGCUAUGGCAAGGAGAUCUCCAUGGUCCGCAUCCCCAACAAGGGCUCAGCACGCUACCUCGCCCGCAAGUACAACAAGAAUGAGACCUACAUUCGGGAGAACUUCCUGGUGCUGGACAUCUUCUUUGAGGCGCUUAACUAUGAAGCCAUUGAGCAGAAGAAAGCCUAUGACCUUGCCGGGCUUCUUGGGGACAUCGGGGGACAGAUGGGCCUGUUCAUCGGUGCCAGCAUCCUCACCAUCUUGGAAAUCCUGGACUACAUCUAUGAGGUGGUCCGAGAUAAGGUGAGCCGGGUCCUGCGCCGCUCCAAGCCACCUCUGAAGAAGCCCUCGGGCAGCAUUGCCACACUGGGAUUGGAGGAGAUGAAGGACCAGAGCCCCUGUGAGACACUGGGUCGGCACGUAGAGGGCGCCUACAACGCAGGCAUCCUGCCCAACCACCACCACCGCCACCACUACCCUCACCAGGGAGUCUUCGAGGACUUCGCCUGCUAG